UGGGAAGAACGUCCCUUACAUUGGUGAUCAGUGGGAAGAAUGUCCCUUACAUUGGUGAUCGGUGGGAAGAAUGUCCCUUACAUUUGUGAUCACUGAGAAGAAUGUCCCUUACAUUGGUGGUCAGUGGGAAGAAUGUCCCUUACAUUGGUGGUCAGUGGGAAGGAUGCCUUUUACAUUGGUGGUCAGUGGGAAGAAUGUCCCUUACAUUGGUGAGCCGUGGGAAGAAUGUCCCUUACAUUGGUGGUCAGUGGGAAGGAUGCCCCUUACAUUGGUGGUCAGUGGGAAGAAUGUCCCUUACAUUGGUGAUCCGUGGGAAGAAUGUCCCUUACAUUGGUGGUCAGUGGGAAGAAUGUCCCUUACAUUGGUGAUCAGUGGGAAGAAUGUCCCUUACAUUGGUCAUUGGUGGGAAGAAUGUCCCUUACAUUGCUGAUCAGUGGGAAGAAUAUCCCUUACAUUGGUGAUCAGUGGGAAGAAUGUCCCUUACAUUGGUGGUCAGUGGGAA